GGGCAAAUGUACUUAUAUAACGGCAGUAGCUAGAGCGCGCGACACUUUACACAAUAUAUAAAGCUGUGCUUGAACAUCUGAUCAAUCAUUCUUUCACUCAAUCCCACAGAGUGAUCGUCAGAUGGACUUUUCCCGACACAGUGGUCUCGAUAGUUGCCAAUCACCCGAGGAUAUUUCCAGAAUUGUUCCAAAUACCAAAAGGACGUUUUUGUGAUUAAUUUUUUUUUUUGUGUGAGAAGUGCUUCAGGAAGUGAUUUUUUCAGGCCAGUGAAAGUGUUUUGUGAGGAUUCUGUUUAGCAUUUCCCGGAGGCAUUUUUAGCUAAUCAGCAUGAUAUCGAAAGUUUUCCUGUUCACAACGAAGCGCUUCCCGCGCCAGAUUGCUCAACAUGUGAAGCGUAUGGCAACGGCAUCUGAGGCAGGACUUAAGUACAGUCACCUGAGGACCGUUAAUGGAGAUCCUGCACGAUUGUCACCUAAAGUACGGGCUUUUGUGGAGGAAUCUGCAGCUCUCUGCCAGCCAGAUAAAAUUCACAUUUGCGAUGGAUCAGAUGCUGAGAAUAAUGAACUCCUCGCAACGCAACAGCGUCAGGGAACCAUUAUCCCAUUGCCCAAGUACGACAACUGCUGGCUGGCACGCACAAAUCCCGCCGAUGUUGCACGUGUGGAGUCUAAGACAUUUAUCUGUACAGAGAGGCGUGAGGAGACAGUACCAACGCCCAAGGCUGGCGUCACGGGCACUCUUGGCAAUUGGAUGCCACCACAGGAAUAUGAGAAAGCCAUUUCUCAGCGAUUUCCCGGCUGCAUGAAGGGAAGGACAAUGUAUGUGGUGCCUUUCUCAAUGGGACCUGUUGGAUCACCUCUAUCGAAGAUUGGAGUAGAGAUUACGGACUCUCCCUACGUUGUGGCUUCUAUGAGAAUCAUGACACGAAUGGGUAGCAAUGUGAUGGAACAACUCUACGAUGGUGAUGAAUUUGUGAGGUGUCUGCAUUCAGUUGGAACUCCUGCAUCUGGUGUGGUCGAUAUGCCUUCCUGGCCAUGCGAUCCCGAACGCACGAUCAUCCUUCACAAACCUGCCCUCAAUGAGAUCGUCUCCUAUGGAUCGGGAUACGGUGGAAAUUCACUUUUGGGAAAGAAAUGUUUCGCCUUGAGGAUUGGCAGCACCAUCGCCCACAGGGAAGGUUGGUUGGCUGAACACAUGUUGAUCCUGGGAAUUACAAAUCCACGUGGUGAGAAGCGCUACAUCGCAGCAGCAUUCCCUUCAGCCUGCGGAAAGACCAAUUUGGCCAUGCUGACCCCAACUCUUCCUGGAUACAAAGUUGAAUGCGUUGGAGAUGACAUUGCAUGGAUGAAAUUCGAUUCACAGGGUCAAUUGAGAGCCAUCAAUCCUGAGAAUGGUUUCUUUGGCGUAGCACCGGGCACAUCAAUGGCCACCAAUCCCAAUGCCAUGGCCACAGCUUUCAAGAACACGGUAUUCACGAAUGUGGCUUCAACUUCUGACGGAGGAGUUUAUUGGGAGGGAAUGGAUGAGGUGGCUGAAGGAGUAAAGAUCACAGACUGGCAGGGACGUCCAUGGAAGAAGGGAGAAACCAAGACAUCAGCAGCUCAUCCCAAUUCGAGAUUCUGUUCUCCAGCAGCUCAAUGCCCAAUUAUUGACGGAGCAUGGGAGGAUCACCAAGGUGUCCCAAUUAGUGCAAUUUUGUUUGGCGGAAGACGUCCAGCAGGCGUUCCAUUGGUCUAUGAGGCUAACUCUUGGGCACAUGGAGUCUUUCUGGGAGCUGCAAUGAGGAGCGAAGCCACAGCUGCUGCUGAGCACAAGGGUAAGGUCAUCAUGCACGAUCCCUUUGCUAUGCGUCCCUUCUUCGCCUACAACUUCGGACACUACCUGGAUCAUUGGCUAAGCAUGGAGAGUCGAUCUAGUCGCUUGCCUAAGAUCUUCCACGUUAACUGGUUCCGCAAGGACAACAAUGGGAAUUUCAUGUGGCCAGGAUUUGGAGAGAACUCAAGGGUACUCGACUGGAUUAUCCGACGGAUUGACAACGAACCUUGCUUCCAGGACACAGCAAUUGGACGAAUUCCCAGCCGAGGAGCCCUCAAUGUUGAAGGACUCAAACAACCCAUUGAUCUGGAUACUCUGUUCUCCAUUCCCAAAGCUUUCUGGACUCAGGAAGUUGAAGAGAUUGCUAAGUACUUCGAUAAUCAAGUGGGAAAGGACCUUCCCGAAGCCAUUGGAAGGGAGUUGAGCGACCUCAGGAAACGGAUCAAUGAUAUUAAGGAAUAGGAAUCUCAAGGAAGCAAAGAAUUCACAAUAAAUAAUAGGCUUUAGGUCACAAAACGAUAGUUAAAAGACACUAACGACUUCCCCCUAGAAAUAGGGGACCUGAGAGAUGCUAUAAGAUUUUGUACAUUAUUAAAGAUUUUUUUGUGAUAAAACACAUUGUUUUAGCGAUAGGUGCAUAAUAAAGAAUAACAUUUUUAAUAAAAAAA